AUGUACGGUGACAGACAAGACUCACAAGUUCAACAUUCACAACUUAUGAAGGGAAAAAAUUCGUCUGGAGGAAGGAAACUGGUGGAGAAGUCGGGGGAGUCGAAGGGCAUCCAGCGAAAUUCCACGCCAAGGAAUAGGGAUGGUUUGUUCCUCCUGGAUCCAGACUUCCGCUCAGAGUUUGACGAUGAAGAUCAAGGCGGAGAUUUAAGAGAUCCUGCUCCCCCUGUCCCCGCAAAAGUCUGGUUUUCGAAUGUCGGCACAUUUUACAUCAAAACAGGCCGUUGUUCGAGUUCACGUAGGCCGCACGUGUUCAGCUCGGGAGAAAGAGAAGAAGAGGAUAGAGAUCGGGAAGAGAUGAGAAGAUGCAGCGUGCUGUACGGGACGGAGGAAGUGCUGAAAGCUAUGACUGCCAAACACUUGAGACCAAUGCCCACUUCCCCGCGACGGACAGGGCAAAAAAAAACAGACGUCGACGUUGGCCGACCAAGAAGCACUGGAUGGCGCGCCUACUUCCUUGACUCGUCGCAUCGAGAACGGCCCAAGGACGGAGGAUGGGAUGGCAAACUACCAUUAGGAGAUAGAACCACGUUGAGGACUAAUUGGGGGACGAUGGGCGUUGAUGAAGAGGAGGGAAAAGACUGGGAAUUCCGAAGACAUGAAUCGGACAAAGAGGGCGAGGACUGCGACGCUGCAAUCAGUGAGGACAGGGAGCGAAGAGGCCCUCACUGUUGGCGAAUCUUCGAAAUCCCUCAAAUCAAAGGUCAACAAAGCCGUCUUCAUGACAGUUCCCAAAUCCAAUCACCGCUGCCGGCAAAAGCCUCCUCUGUGCACACCAUCCUUGGCUCCGAGUCGAACCUUCGUGACUGCGAGAACCCGCUCGGUGGAGCUCUUCGACUACCAGAACUUUUGAGAAAGCGCGACGUCAUGACCUGGUGUACUAAGCUCAUGCGGAGUGAUGCUGAUGGGGUGUGGCUUGAGGAUCGUCAGACGAAAGCUCACUCGUCCACCGUUCCCAAGCCCAACUGCGUUCAGAGCAAGCUCUACCUCAUUGCAUUUGGCACCGAUCAGCUCUCCAUUGCGCACCGGCCAGUGCUGGAAAGGUCAAUAUUGCUAUGCUUACAAUCCUGA